CCCACAUGGAAGCUUGACUGGAGCAUGCUAUGGUGGCCUUUGCACGUUACUUGGCUCUCACGAGCCCUGGCCCUGACUCCGGGCAUCAGCCCGGCUGAAGAGACGCGCUACAAGGGCACCCACUUUGUAUGCGUGGAAGGGUCGGCCACGCUGCCAGCCUCCGCGGUCAACGAUGACUUCUGCGACUGCGAAGAUGGCAGCGACGAGCCUGGCACGGCGGCAUGCGCUGGAGCCACCGACCGGUGGUUUUACUGCCCCAAUAGCGGGGGCACUGCGCGGUACAUCUAUAUCUCGCGCGUGGGGGAUGGCAUUUGUGACUGUUGCGAUGGUUCGGAUGAGUGGCUGCGGCCGGACAGCGGCUGCCGGGAUGUGUGCAAAGAGCAGGGCCGCGCUCGGAAGGUGCGUUUGGAACAAAGACGCGCUGAAAUGCAAAAAGGCAUUUUGAUGAGGGAAGCGGCGCUGGAAUCGAUGAGGGCCGAGGUUGAGGAGUGGCGGAAGACGGUGGCAGAACUGGACGCGAAUGCAGCGCCGCUGUCUAAAGAGAUGCUGGAAUUGGAGGAGGUUCAGCGCCAGAAGCGGGCUGCGGUGAUCAAGGAGGCCGAGCAGCUGGGCAGGGAAGCCGACUUGGUCGGUCAGGGCGCGGAGAAGAAAGUCUCCGAGUAUGCCAAGUGGAUGGAAGGGGGAGGAAGCGGGAACACAGCGGAGCAGGCAGAGCAGGUGUGCAGUGGUUCCGUGUGCAUCCAGCGCACUGCUGUGUCACGGAAAGAGUUGAGGCAGAUCAAGGUGACUAGUGGCGCACUGGUUGACUUCAUGGAAUUUGUGUAUGCCACAGGGAGCCUCGUAGUGGGCGAGGGCAAGGGCGACCAGCAGGAGCCCUUUAAUUUGGAACCUGGAGAGGUGCUGCUGGAGCUUCGCGGCGGCCAAGGGGGCCUCCUGGACCGCGUGCAGUUCGUGACGAGCCGCGGCCGUGAGUCCAAAGCCUACGGCGGAGCUGGCGGCCAGAACUUUUCCUUCAAGGCGAGCGAGGGCAAGAUGAUUGUGGGCGUGACCAGAGCGGUGGGCUUGGCUGGGAAGCUCACCGGCAUCCAGGAGUGUCUCUUCCGACCUCUCACUGAUGCAGAGAAGGCGUUUGACGAGGCUUCCUCGAUUCUGGAGGAUGCUCGGCGGCAGCUUGCCGCGAAGCACAAGGAGACGGCGGAACUGAGAGAGAAGAUCGAGGCGGCAGCAGGCGCCCACGCGGCAUAUCGGGCACUCAACAAAUGCGGCGAGACGCAAAUCGGUGAGUACAGCUACAAGAUUUGCCCCUUUGGCGAAGCCACGCAAGGACAUGUGCGGCUGGGGAAAUGGAAAGGAUGGGCAAGCGAUGCUUCGCAUACCGCUUUGUUUGAGGGUGGCGAGCGGUGCUUCUCUGGCAUCGUCCGCACGCUUCGCGUUCAGUUUGAAUGUGGGGAGGGCUACGUCAUUGAAUCGGUGAGAGAGCCCAGCCAAUGCGUCUACGAAGCGACCAUGACCCACCCUGCUGCGUGCGAUGCCCAAGUUCUGACGCAGGGUGACAGGGUCCUGACACCGCACGAAGCUCACCUGGAGUUGUAGCAGUUGGAAACGUUGUAGCAGGUUGCGGCUAGCCAACGCAGCCAGGAAAGCUGGUUGGGCCACGGCCCAGGCAACGCCAUGCCCCAAAGUUGGGUUGAGUUUCACCGACUCUAGAGG